AUGGGCUGCAAAGCAAGGAUUUGGCCUCCACACAAAUUAUCAAUCCAGGCAAAACUUGGACUGAACCCAGGCACUCUUGACGGGGUGUUUCAUAGACCCUUGGUGGGGUUAGUCUACGUGCAUAGGACUUGUCACAAGCGUACGAAUAUUGAGGAUUCUGUUGUGCGUGCUCGUUCCCUAGCCACAUGGUCAAUUGGGGAUUCUUCCAUGUGGUCUAGUCAAACAAUCCCCCGAUUGAAUGAUUUCCCCGAUAUAAGUUUGGCAGUAGCUAGACUUGAACCAAGCGGCCGAGCCAAGAUUUGCGCUACCGAGCCUCGAACUCUUGUUAUGAAAAUUUUGGCCACACCAAGCGAACACGCAACCCGCCACGCAGAGAGGCCAAAACAAGCUCGUAAAAUGUACUGGCUCUAUGAAUCCGUGCUUACUGUCCUGUCAAGCGCCACUUGGCCCAGCCAUAACCCAUUACAAUACGGCUAG